GGUGUUCAUUACACUAUGUAAAGCUUAUCAUGUGUUGUUAGCUCACAGUAGUCGCUUUAGACAUUCUUGUAAAGAAGAAGUGUUUUUUUUUUUUUUUAUGUUAUCAAAGUAUUUUGCGCCGCGGUGCUGGAGAGCCAGUCUGCGUGAGCGAGACUGCAGCAGGGUUAUAAGAGAACUACACGACGGUGUUGUCCCGCCUGAGCUUCGGUGGGAGUCGCCGGUGCGGAGGGCGCUGUGCUGUGAGGGACGGAGGAGCGGAGAGUUUCUCCUCCGAGCAAAAGUGAAGUGUGCGCACGGCGCGGGACCGCGGCUCGUCCCCGCUCUCCGGGACUUCAGCUCACUUUGCGCUUUAUUUUCUCUCUUUCUCAUGCAGACACUGUAACGACCACACAGGAUCGAGUGCCGGCUUUUAUGAUGAAUUCCAUCCUUUCAUCGAAGCACUGCUGCCCCACGUGCGUGCGUUCGCCUACACUUGGUUUAACCUGCAGGCCCGCAAGCGAAAGUACUUCAAGAAGCACGAGAAGCGCAUGUCCAAGGAAGAGGAGCGCGCCGUGAAGGACGAGCUGCUGAGCGAGAAGCCUGAGGUCAAGCAGAAGUGGGCGUCGCGGCUGCUGGCCAAACUGCGCAAGGACAUCCGGCCCGAGUUUCGUGAGGAUUUUGUGCUCACCGUGACGGGGAAGAAGCCUCCGUGCUGUGUGCUCUCCAACCCCGACCAAAAAGGCAAGAUGAGGAGGAUCGACUGCUUGCGCCAGGCAGACAAAGUGUGGCGCUUGGACCUGGUCAUGGUGAUUUUAUUCAAAGGUAUUCCCCUCGAAAGUACUGAUGGCGAGAGGCUGGUUAAAUCACCGCAGUGCUCGAACCCAGGGUUGUGCGUGCAGCCGCAUCACAUAGGAGUUUCAGUUAAGGAGCUGGACCUGUACUUGGCCUACUUUGUACAUGCAGAAGCUACACAGUCUGAAAGUCCAAACCAGUCCAGUGAAGGAGAUGUUAAGGACCAGCCAGAAAAUGGACAUCUGGGCUUCCAGGACAGUUUCGUUACAUCAGGCGUCUUCACCGUCUCCGAACUUGUCCGAGUCUCACAGACCCCGAUUGCUGCCGGGACAGGACCCAACUUCUCACUGGCAGAUUUAGACAGCUCCUCUUACUACAGUAUGAGUCCAGGGGCUAUGAGACGGCCCCUACCGAGCACCUCUUCUAGCAGUUCUGCAAAGCGGAUUAAGUGCAUGGAGGAGGAGGUGGACAGUCCAGGCGAGGAGCCCUACUACCCUGGUCAGGGGCGAUCCCCAGGCAGCGGAAGCCAAGCCAGCAGUUGGCAUGAAGUAGAGCCAGGAAUGCCAUCGCCCACCACAUUAAAGAAGUCAGAGAAGUCUGGUUUCAGCAGCCUCGUGCCUUCGCAGAGCUCCUCCUCCCCCCGAACGGCAUUCACACACCAUCAUCGAGCAGUCAUUACAGGACCCAGAGCGAGUCCUCAUGCGACGCCGUCAAGUCUUCAUUUCCCGACGUCUCCGAUCAUACAGCAGCCCGGCUCCUACUUCUCUCACCCUGCCAUCCGCUACCACCCACAGGAGACGCUCAAGGAGUUUGUCCAACUUGUCUGCCCUGACAGUGGUCAGCAAGCUGGACAGGUGGGCUUCCUGAACCCCAAUGGCAGCAGUCAAGGGAAAGUUCACAAUCCAUUCUUGCCCACGCCCAUGUUGCCCCCACCACCGCCCCCGCCCAUGGCGCGACCUGUGCCACUGCCCGUGCCAGACUCCAAACCUCCCUCCACUACGGCUGAGGGAGGGGGCACCUCGCCCACCUCGCCAACCUACUCCACACCGAGCACGUCCCCCGCCCAGCGCUUUGUCAGUGUGGGCCCCAGAGACCCCAGCUUUGUAAAUAUCCCUCAGCAGCCUCAGUGGUACCUGGGCUAAGGACACCAGAUUCAGACCGGCCUCUCCCGAGCUCAAAUGCUUCUCCCUGCCUCCCCUGAGUGUGACCUUCUAUGUGCCCAUCGGUGUGACGCGCCAGGAUCCGCCGACCGCCCUCAACGCCCACAGACCCAGCAGCAUGGCUACAGCAGAACCCAAAACAAAUCCAAACAAACCAACUCAACACGCUUACAACAAACAUACUCAGUAUCUGUAUAUCCCAUAUAUAUUCCUCCAGAUGUAUGGUUUCUAUUCUUAUAUUCAUAUAUAGUAACUGCCCACCUCCUCUUUCCUCUUGAAAAUGGAGAGAUCUGAUUUACUUGGACACUUGCAUGAAUUGUUUUAGUUCAAUCAGAUAAGGAGAACAUAAUGUGACACAAUCAAAGAGCUUCCUUCGGCCCGUCUUACUGAGAGCCCAAUAUCUUUAUCACUAAUUCCUGAAUUUGUCGCAGUUUCACAUAUUGGCUAUGUGAUUUGAUCAUCCCGGACUGGCGCUCCCCGUGCCCCUCUUCCCCGUGUUUGGCAGGAUCUGGCAGUUGUUGAGUAGAACCCUAGUUCUGCUUGUGGACUUCUUACAAAGGUUUUACUUGGAUCAGAUAUUCCACCAGCUAAAACCUCUCUCUUGACUCAGUAGUCUGCUCUGACCAGAACUGUUCAUCCAUAUCUUCACCGCCGAGACCUUCAGCGCCAUGCUCACGGCCCAACAGACUUCAUGUGCCGGGAAAUGGCAACUAUGAGAAGAAAUUCCCCUGGUUUGUGUCUCGGGGCAGGGAGUGAGAAGAUGGUGAUGUUUGAUAUGAGCUCUGAAGGCUGUAAAGUGAAGAAUUAAUACGGGAGAUUUUUUUAAAAAAAAAGGAAUUGUCUCCCAAUUGUCUUGGAGAUGCGUUCAUAUUUUGUUUUUGUGUUCUUGAGUCUUUUCAGUUGUUUCUAAUACACCCCAUAUAAAGUUCUGCUAUUAGAGAGAACGGGCGGAUAGAAAGGCUGAGCUUCCAUUCAUUAACAAGACAUAAGACAAGCAUAAUUGGAGGUAAAUGGAAUUUUGAAUGGAGGAAAGUGCAAUUUUGUUGGAAAGCUGUCAGAUUGUUAAAUAUCUUUUGUAAGAUAGAUAAUUGCAGCGAUUGUUGAAAAGUAUAUAUCUAUAUAUAUUUUUCUUUCUAGUCCAUUCACACCUCUGGGACUCUAAAAUAUCGGGGUACAAAAAAUAGUUCAAAUAGCCUAGUGAGAAAUAGAGGGAGGUGUACGUGCUUUUUUUUAUUUUUUAUUUUUUUUAUUCGAAUGUCCAUUCAUCUUUGUAAAUUUGUUCGUAUCGUAGAACAAAUAUCCCUUUAAGGAAAUGUAAACAAUCAAUUUGAAACAUUUUGACAACAUCAUCCACUCAUUGACAUUAGAUUGCUGUGCAAGUUUGUUUCCAAAAUGCUAAUUAACUUAUUUUAAUGAAACACAUAAUGUAGAAGCAGUAGCUGAUCUUAAUUUCUCAUCAGGCAAACUCCAUUGCAUGUAACAUAAGAAAGAUUUGAUCAUAUCAACAGCUUCGGAAAUGGUUGGUUAUGAGAGCUCUCAGAAUAGGAACACUCAUCUGUGAUCAGUUUCUGGAUUUUUUAUUUUUUUUUGAUCUACUGUAUGGACAGAUCCCAGCACUCUUAAACUCAUAAACCAUUUCUGUGUUCAGUAUGGUCCUUAUUCUUCUUCAGCUGAAAGCUCUCGUGCCUGUUCGGUCACCACAGACUGGUAGUCGACGCCGGGAUGACACACAAAAAAAAACAACUCCUGUAACUUUUAUUAAAGUGUUAUACAAAACGAUGAAGAAAAAAACAACAAAUGUGAAGAUCAGACAAAACACGAAUGCAACCGCAGAGCGAAGCCUUUUUUUAUUCAUUUGCUUCGCAUGCGAUUUUAACCAUUAUUCUUUGUUUGAAUUUUUUUAAUUUAGUUUCCUACAGUACAUAUAUAAUAAAUACACUUCCACCUGACUCAUCCACUGUUGAUCAAAUCUCAGAAAAGUAAGGAAAAAAAAAUAAAAAUAAAAAAAAAAAUCUGCAUGUUCUAGUGUUAGUGACAAAUUUUUACAUAGAUUAUGUAGAGUUAAAGUAGUGUGAAUAAAGACACGAUAUUGUAAUCCCAACUCCAGGCACUUGCCAAAUCGAGUAUUUUGUUUGGCCCCUUAAACCUAGGGUAUUUUUCGUGCUGUCCUCACAAUCAACCAGUCUUUGUGAUUCUCCUUAGCUUCUCAUCCUUUCUCUAUAUUUGUCCCUCUCUCCUUUGUCGCAUUUAAAACAAUCAUUCUUUUUUUUUUCUUGCAAGAGCAAUUCAUUUUCUUCUCUCGGAUUGCUCGGAAAACAAUUGUUCCUCAUCGAUGUGCCUUGAGUGAUGUUUGAGUCCUGAGCUGAUUCACGAGUUGCAGUGCUUUUUACUUCCCAGAUCUUUUCCACCAUGCUGCUGCUAUGCAGGGAAUCAGAGAGUGGAGCAGAUAAUAGGAACAUGUGCUAAUAAUACAGUAAGAGGAGCAGUGUGUAAGCCCAGGCCUUGUGAUACAACAUCCUGUACAAGAUUAGCUCUUGUACUACAGCGUUAAUCAUAUGGAGGCCCUUGUUAGUCGUAUAGUCAGUAGUAUAAAUAAACAUUUAUUAGUGUAACUGUUAGACCUUUGACACCCAGGCCCUAGGUAGUGUAUUAAUAUUUAUGGAUGUUGCUGCAAUUAUUUCAAAAUGGAGGCAACUUUUAUAUAUAUUUUUUUUAAUUUUUUUUUUAGUCUUCCUGUUUUUGUUCCCAGAACAGUAAAAUAAGGAAAAAAGACAUUAAUGAAUUAAUUAACUAAUAUGCAAUACUUGCUUGCACUCAUUUAGAUGUUCCUUUUUUUAAAAAAAAUAUAUAUUAGUGUUGCACUUGACUGGCUGGUUGGCAGAUUUGUCUUCAUUAAAACUCCACACCAGUUGUGUUUAGGGAUUCUUGCGCUUGAUUUAAUGACCGUUCAUGUAUUAAGGUUCCACUUUCUUUACCUUUUUGGUCACAAGCAAGCCUUAAAACAAGAAAACUUUCUCUCCGGUACAACAAUAUUUAACACACAGUUACAUCCAUGCAUUUAAGCAUUUAAGAAAUUACCCAUAAACACCCAUUUUAUGUACAUGUUGAUCUUCCAUAAUAACGUUUUCUUGUUUAUUCCAUAUAUAUCAUUUAAGAAAAAAAAUAUCGAGGAAAAUUUUCCAAGUGUCUGAAAUGGCGUUUUAGUGGUUACACUUGUGUGUGGAUUGUGUGUGCUUUCUUUUUUUUUCUAUUAAUUUUUUUAUUAGUGUGUCAGAAUUUUUUUUAUUGUUCUUGCCUACCCUUUAGUAAUAAGUUGGGCAUUAUUUCCUUAAUUAUCUGCACUAAAUAUGACAGAAUAUGACAGUUUUAAUGAUUAAAAAAAAUAAAAAAUUAAUAAUAAAUAAAUAAAUAAAACUGCUUCCAGGGCUUAAAAGAGCAAAGGGAAAAAAAUUGAUUGCACGAACAUUUUUUUUUUUUUUUUUUUGUCACAGAAACUUAGUUUAGUUGAAAGCAGCCUAGCAUCUAAUCAGCAGGAUAUCUGGCUGUGUGUGUAAAAUAAAGACAAAAUUGCACCCUUUUUAAAGAAAGACAAAAAAUGAGAAAAAGAUUAUAAAAGCAAUAGCUUGGGCAGUUUGUUUUGUUCUUGUGUUGUGUGUGUAAUUUUAGUUAGUUUUUUUUUGGGGGGGGGGGUGUUUUACAAACAGAGUUUUGGGGAGAAGAAGAAGAAAUCUAAUUGAAACGGAGAAGAGCGCUAGGACUAGGAUGCCGCUGAGUAUGGGAGUCUGUUGUUUGUAUAUUGUAUAGUUUUAUUAAUUACACUGAUUUUAAAGCUGCCCUAUUUUAUAAUGCAGGACUUUUGUAACAUUGAUUAAAUGAGGAAAAAAUAGUGUUGUGAAUUUUUGCAUCGUUUGUAAUAAGGCCACAUCGAUAGAACUGUUUCUUUUCUUUUUUUUUUCUUUUGUUUGUUUGUUUGUUUGUUUAUUUGUUCUCUGGGGAACUGGAUUUAAGUUGAAAACUUUCCUGUUUCCUGAUUUAUCAUUGUUUUCUUUCGCUUUCCUUUUUGUAUGUAUUUAAAGCCGUUUUCGGUUUUCCUUCCUUUUUUUUGAUGGUAUAGAGUAUUUCCUAUACUUGAAAAGUAUAAGGUAUUGAGGUGAAAGCCCCAUUGUAAAUGGAUGUUACAAGUAUGCUUGCUGUAUGUUUUGAAGGUUCUUUGUUGCAUCAGUGUUGAUGAAGCUAAAUUUAGGUAAUUCUGAGGAUGUUGGUAAGAAAUGAGAGCGUUUUUAUGCAUUUUAAAAUUAGUUUUAGGCAGAAGACAAUGACAUAGACAGCCAAAGGAUGCCCCUAUUAUAAAUGCAUCUAGGCAUCUUUUUGUGUUCACCAUUCCAUGCAGGAAAAUAAACAGCUUGAUAUGCAACAUGAUUCUUUUUCUCUUCAACAUCUCUUCCUCUCUCUCUCUCUCUCUCUCUCUCUUUGUCUCUCUCUCUCUCUUUGUCUCUUUGUCUCUCUCUCUCUCUCUCUCUCUCUCUCUCUCUCUCUCUCUCUCUCUCUCUCUCUCUCUCUCUCUCUCUCUCUCUCUCUCUCUCUCUCUCAACCACCUCUGCUAACCGAGCAUGGAGUCACAACACGCUGAGAAGCAUUCUCUCCAUGUCACUACACUGCUGCGGCUCUUCUUAUUGGCUCAGCUACACACACACAAACACACACACACACACACACACACACACACACACACACACACACACACACACACACACACACACACUGUACACACACACUUGGGACUGAAAAUAUAAGGAAUGAGACAUCAUAUAUAUAUAUUACAUCUGGCACCAGUUCUCAAGCAAAAUUGACUUUUACUCACAGCCCAACCCAUACAAACUUUUCAGCUGUAGCAAAUACACACAGUCUGUUUACUCCUUUCAGAGUAUUAAUUAUUUGUUCAUCAAAGGUUAUUACGCCUUCUUUUUUUUUUUGUCCACUGCAUGAAUCUUUCAUAAUGAAGUGUAAAGCCUGAGCAUCAUCCAGGCCAUGACUUCCAGCUAAUAGUUCUCAUUACACACAUGACCCUAGGCUUUUAAGCACAUCAUACAUUUUAAAAUCAUGGGCUUCAAAAUCAUACAGCCUUGAUUUGAAUCUCUGCAAUGUCCAGAACCGUGUCUGUAUGUUUGCUUGUUUUUUUUAUAACUCACCAUCCUCACCUCAGCAUACCCACAUACAGCGUUUCCAUCAAUGCUACAGUUCAAUCGGUUUCUCAUUCCACAGACUGGAUCAGAUAUAAAACAGAUGUGUUCUUGUCGAGGUUACGUUUUUCUUCUAAUAAGACUUUAUUCCACUGUAAAUGUUUCCACUUUCUAAUCACAGCCACGGUCGACUCUUUAUGUACCUGAUUAUUUUAAUUAUCUAAGACACUGAUCUUGUAAGUGAAACAGCCCAGAGUCUGAGGUGAGCAUUACGUUAUAUUAAUAUCAGGGUAGCAUUUAGUCACAUUAACAAUUCAAAUCUAUAAUCAAUCUCGAAAUCAUGACUGAUGACUGAUAGUCUGCAGUCCCAACCUUAUUUUGUGUCUCGGAGGACGUUUUAAGGCAUGGGAAAGUGCAUGUGUGUGAAAACCUUUUCUACUGCUGGACAAUCAGCACCGAUUAACAAACUCUCUCAUGUCAUGUCCAUACUUAUCUCCAUGAAGAUAUAAUCUGUAAAAAAAAAAAAAAUAAUAAUAAUAAUAAUAAUAAUAAUUAAAAGCCCUUCAAAGAUAGUUUAAGGAAAAACGUCUAACCUUUUUAUACGGAACUAUGAGUCUAAAAUAUAGACCUGUAAAUGGAGCAUCAGGCCGAGCAGUUAGCUUAUCCGUAUUCUCAACUAAUCCCAGCGCUUUGUCAAUCUCCCUACUAAAAUUGUUGGUGCUACCUCAAUUGAUAAGACAGAAGAUAUCUCAAGACCAUCACGAGCGAUCCUGCUGAUCCACCUAGCAGUCUUAUCUGCAUGAGAACUAUGCACUCGUGAAAUUAACGCUGUUCCAAACAAAGUCUGGUUUUAAUUUUUGUUUUACUUUUACCUUUGUGUCAUGUUUUUUUUUUGUUCUUUUUGUUCUUUUUUUUAUUUUUUAUUUAGUUCAUCUUCUGUUGAAAUGUAAUAAUAAUAAAAAAAAAACAUAAAAUGAACGCAAACCAGCAUUUUAACUGAUACAUUUAAAAAUUGUAGUGCCUGUGAAAAUCUGUAUAAUAUUGCUUUUAUUGAUAAAUACAAUUUCUAACUUUUUUUUUUUGUCUCUUAACACCGAUAGCCUUUGCUGUGUUUCAGAGCCCUUGGACUAUAACUGAUAUACGAUAUCCAUGGACUAUAAUCUGCAUGAUCCUCUGUACUCACCUAGUGAAGCUCUUAAUGAAUAUGACAAGAAGAAAAAAAAACUUUUUUAAAAAUCAUUUUCUUCAGUUUUUUUGUUGUUGUUCAAAUAUGCUCAGUCUAGCGUAUUAUCAAUUACUUUUACUCUAUUUUCACUUUGUUUUUUGUUUCAUUUUGUGUCAUUGCUCUUUCAUACAGUAUAGUACUCUCAUAUACAGUAGUAUCGCUGUGGAAACCACACAUACACAUUUACACACUCACACACAUAUAUAGGCCGAAGGGAAGAUCCAGAGCGGUCUUUAUUUGAUGAAGCAUCAUGUCCUGGUGAGAACAAAAUCACUGGUGUUGUUGAAAAUGGUGCGCGUUAGCCUCAGUGGACUGGGGAUCAUUGUUGCUGCCUCAUACAAGGUGUUCAGAGGCAAAAAGAACCAUGCUGAAGAGUCUGUAGCUUGUGCAGUGUGAGUAAAAAUGAGCUCUGGUGGCUCUCAGGACUAUUUAUCGAUGUCAAAGCAGAUGCAGUUCAAGGCAAAUAUUAAGAGUCCAGACUACCAAAAGUUCAGAACACCUCUUUGAAUGACAGGAACUUAGUCCGUGUGCUUACUUUCUGUCCAAAUUGUUCAGUAACGCUGAGUAAUCAUAGCAGGAUUUGUAGAUAAGAUGCCUGGUUGCACUUUUUCACCAACAAGGUUCUGGUGUCUAAAGGCAGGUUCUGUUACAGAAUCACGCUGGUGGAGGAACAACAAAUCGAGCAAGUCAUUUUCAUAACCAUAAGUGAGAUCAUACACAGAUUAGGCAGAAAUACCGGAAUAUCGCCAUAAGAACGAGUGAUCUGAGAACAAAAUAAACACUUAGCUGCAAAGUGAACUUUAUAUAGACACAAACCCUUGUUUUUU